AUGACCUUGCCAAGGUGAGCUGUCUAGUCAUGCAUGGUGCAUGAUGCUGCCCGCUUUUCAGCUGAUGAAGGCAGUUAUGUAUGCGAAACGAAGGGCUGGUUGCAAGCUGGGUGUGUUCUUAGCAUAGAGGACAUCACAGGUGGUAAAUGUUGGGCGAUAUGGAGGUAUACAUGGCAUGGGGAAACGCAAUAGGUUGGAAAGUGACCAAUCAGAACCUAGGAGUUCUGGUCACGUCCGUGAACUUGAAUGCCCGCCAGUCACUCGCAUGUAGCACGAUGUCUAGGAUCCGUUACGGGCAGCAUCCAGUGUUAAUUGAUCGGAAAAUCCACUCAAGAGAAAAAUGGCUGUGAGGAGCCACGUUUUAAUGCUGUUUACAGGUUUUCUUGGGUGUUUUCUUUGCCCAAGGAGAAGUAUUUAUUCUGAUUUCCCGUCCUCCCAAGCAAGUGUCCUGCCGCACAAUGUAAUCAUGUGUCUCAUCUGAUCUCACCUCUUUGCCAGCAGUCAUCCAUGAUCCGAAGUAUGCUUGUCGAGCGCCCUAGCCACAUCCCCGUAAUCACUUGGAAUUAUGGGAGGAAGUAGAUGUGGUUGGAUUUGUAUAUGAAGCCUGGCUCGACGUUGACUUUAUGCCAAGCCACCCACUUCAUCCGAUCGCAUCGUACCAUCCGGGAUGGCUGGUGUUAUGUAUCCGUCCGCUGACCAGUCUGUCGCUAAUAACCGGGCGUAAGCGGUUGAAUCUGGCGCAGAGUGGCCGUUUAAGCAUUGGUAUGUCAGGCAAGACCACCUGUACGCCGUUAAACGUAACUUGAAGCGCGGUGUGCGACCUGCCAACGCCAUCGGUGACGGCUGCAGUGAGCCACUGUGUGGUUUGGGGAGUAAAGUUUGCCAAAAACUGGCUGUGGGGGGACGCGCCAGGGUCGCUCAUUGAAGGGCGGACAUGCACGCGUAUCAGGGGAUCGACGGUGCGGCAUCGCAGAAUGUGAACGACACAGUACGGAAAACGUAAAGCCGAUGUUACGCAGCUCCCACUCCGUAUAAUUCAGUCUCCACUGCUCCUAGCGGGUACUGGUUGUCCAUUUCUUGCUCGAUCGCCAAACUAUCGAGUUGUCUGGUCAACUCUGGUGGAAAUCGCCAGAAGACUGUGGCAUCCCUGCCGAAAUCACUAAGUUUAAUCCUCUUGGGGCUCUGGAAAUGAUAUCACACCUGAUUACCGGGGCUUUUGGGUAGCAAUAGGGAUCGCACCAAUUGCAGUGACCCUUACUGCAAGACCGAUUGUGCGGACAUUUUUCGCCUUUACGGCGGUCCACACGGCAGAUGCGCUGGAAUAACAUGUAGGUGUUGUGACACGCCGAGGUGCAGGCCCGCUCCGCGCCGGCCACCGGCGUCCAGUCCUAACCCUGGUCCUCUUGACUCCGUCUAGACAUUGGGUUCAGGUGGGUGAGGGAGGAGGGAGUGCGUGGAUGCAGCGCAAGUAUGUCAUUCCGAUUCACGCGCCAAUCACUGUCCAUGCCAACGCCAUACUGUGGACCACACGGUUGACAUCGUCGGUAACGACGGUCGUACUGUCGAUGUGUGGCUCAAUCUGAUCUGUUAUGAGCUAUAGGGCUCUGUUAAUGUAGGGCACCAGAGGAUCAUGUUUGCCGAGUUGGCCGGUUUAGUGAUCAGCACUGUGUGAACUUCAGUAUUAUUCCCAAUAAGGCAGGGCAUUGUCUGCCAUUAACUUCUGUCACGCAUCAUUCGGGAUUGAUGUCGCCGCCCAGAGAGAAUCUGUCGGCCGUAUUUUGGCAACCUUGGAAAGGGCCGUUGCAGUAAAUCUGAUCAAUAGUUUGAGCGAUCCACUUCUGUCCCGCAAGGGACGCCUAAAUUCGUUUGCAAUGAAGCAGACAUGUAGAGCACCUAAUUCGCAUCACGCCUCCAGAACUCACUACGUUUCAUAAGCUAGCCAAAAACGAAAUCAUCAGAGAUAGGCUCGAACACAGUGGCUGGCGAUUCCGAAGCCACGUCUAUGAGUGGCACGUAUAUGUCGACCCGACCUCUCCAAGAAAGUGUCCCGUGUAUACCAGUUUGGGGAGGUGCUGCGGUCUGAGGACUGUUUCCGAGGAGGAUCGUGUUAUCUCUUCAACGAAGGACCUUCCAAACAGUUAAUUUUAACACAUCUUAGUAGUUUUAACCGCGUCGGACCGGCUAGGGGGAUGGGGGAUAGAAGUAGGCUGAAUCUCCUUGAGGGAGCGUACCUAAGCAUCGGCUUUCUUAUCUCUCCCCUCAUUCAUGCACCUGUCCGAGCCUGUCGGCCGACCGAUGAUGCGAUUUGGCGCAGGAGCUGACAUGGAGUGAAUCUGUAUCCCUCUUGGUCGCCUGCGAAAUUUGCACGUAGUCGGCCUCCGUCCAGUUUGUCCUCUGCUACUGUGAACACUGACCUGCAUGUGCUUACGAAGGACUAUAGCUAUGACUUAUCAACUAUUAAUUCCUGAUGUCAUCCCUUUGAGGGAAGUAUGCCGACUCCGUUGUGGUUGAAACUCAUCGCACCCGCGAAGUCUUCCCGUGAAUAGACCCUUUAAAACUAAUUAGGUCACUAACUAACAAUGGGUCCAUUCGAUUUUGAAACUGACGGCAGGUAUCAGUAGCGACUAAAGUCUUAUAUGUGUCUCACCCACAUCAAGUUCAGGGCAAAGUCUAUUGAGAAACGGUGAAGGACGCCGGUGGAUGUUGACUCACCUGGCCAGAUCAUCCGCCGGCCGUGCGCACGUGAACAAGUGAACCAUUGGCUGUCGGACUUGGGCAUAGGUACUCGCCCGCUGGUUAGUCGACCCGCGCGGUUAUGUCCGCCCGCAAUGCCGACCUUGUGUUCUGACGAGCCCUUCACGGUGUGGAAAGUCGCUCGGUUCAUUGACCCGACGCCACGACCGCGGUUCCUGAAGUGACGUCGAUGCCAAGUCAGCAGACCUAAACACUUUGGGUUGAUUGUCAACCAGAUGUGCAGGAUCGACGCACCGCGGAAGCGUGGAGAAUUAGUGCACUUAUUCACAGAGAAGCGCUGCAGGAGUUUCACUGCGCUGGAAUAGAUGCCUGAUGUCUGAUUUUCAGGGUGCUGACCCGUUACUUUGGUCCGAAUGUCAAUUGCAAGAAAUGCGUGAGGGAUGGAGGCGCUGUGUUUGUGUGUGUCCAUCGUACGGCAUUGAGAUGUGCAAGAGUUGUUUUUUUACUGUUGUUUGUCAACUUACGCAAUGUCCCCUCCAGGCUCUUCUCUAGCUCAUAUCUUAUUUUCGUCUACUACAGCGUCUUUUCGAACUACAUAUUUGACCUUCUGGACAAUGAAGCACGACUCCUGAUGGCCUUUUUCUUGAUUGCGCCCGUCCUUGGUACUUUGAAUCUCGAGUUCCAAACAAGGGUCCACCAGGUUCGUCGCACUUCUUUAAAUUCGGUCCUUCUAAAUUACUCGGGCCCAUUUACCUCAGUAGGUAGGCUUCGAAGGGCUUUUCAAACUCCCUUCAGCGUCUUUCUUUCUCCUCUUUGUAAGGUCACGGAGAUGCUUUACAAGGCUGUCACAAGGGUGGACCAGAAGCUAGCUGCAACUGGCGUACCCCUCUACCACGUGAACACCCUCGCCGACGUCUUCUACCACAUCAAGUACAUGUACGUAGGCAAUGCUGUGCAUGAGCAGGUGCGUCCACUCCUGCCGCUUUUGAGACCGCGCCUUCAUGGUGCGCUCAAGUUCAUCCUGCCUCCGCUGCCCUCUGGACUACCCGGACUGCCUGCCCCCACCCCACCACAAGAGCACCACAAUCAGCAGCAGUCGGGGACCCCUGCCCAGCCUGUAUUCGAGGGCCGCGUCUACCGGGCUGCUAUCAAACCACCCUUGGGCGUAGAAGACUUCUAG